GUCGGACUGGCGGAGCAGCCCCGAAGUUUGCGGGGCGGCCGGUGCGGGGCCAUGUGGCUGCUGUGGCUGCUGCUGGGCUCGGCGGACAGCCAACUGUUGCCUGGGAAUAAUGUCACGAAUGAAUGCAACAUUCCUGGAAACUUCAUGUGCAGUAAUGGACGCUGUAUCCCAGGGGCCUGGCAGUGUGAUGGGCUGCCAGACUGCUUUGAUGACAGUGAUGAGAAGGAAUGCCCAAAAGCCAAAUCCAAAUGUGGUGCCACGUUCUUCCCCUGUGCCAGUGGGAUCCACUGCAUCAUUGGCCGCUUCUGGUGCAACGGCUUCGAGGAUUGUCCCGACGGCAGCGAUGAGGAGAACUGCACAGCAAAUCCCUUGCUUUGCUCUACUGCCCGAUUCCACUGUAAAAAUGGUCUUUGCAUUGAUAAAAGCUUUGUGUGCGACAGUCAAAAUAACUGCCAGGACAACAGUGAUGAAGAAAGCUGCGAAAGCCCUCAAGAGGCAGGCAGCGGCCAAGAUUACGUGACCUCCGAAAAUCAGCUGCUUUACUACCCGAGUAUUACCUACGCCAUCAUUGGCAGCUCUGUCAUUUUUGUCCUUGUGGUGGCCUUCCUUGCCUUGGUGCUGCACCACCAGCGCAAGCGCAACAAUCUGAUGACGCUGCCAGUGCAUCGCCUGCAGCACCCCGUGCUGCUGUCUCGCCUGGUGGUGCUUGACCACCCGCACCACUGCAGCAUCACCUACAACGUCAACAACGGCAUCCAGUACAUGGCCAGCCAGUGGCCAGUGGAGCUGGACUCCCCGCCAUCCUAUUCAGAGGCCGUGCUCGACCAAAGCAGACCACCUUGGUUUGACCUUCCUCCACCACCUUAUUGUUCUGAAUCGGAAUCCCCUAAUCAGCCAGACCUUCCUCCUUACCGCUCUCGCUCGGGAAGCUUAUCCAGCACAGACACCCCUGUGGCAGAAAGUCCUGUGGGUACAUCCAACAGCUGGACAAGAGAUGUCCAUGGCAGCAUGGAUGGGCACAGAACUCUGCUGGAGAGGACAGUAGAUCAGAGUGAUCCUCUGGUCAGCCACACUGCUGAAAGAGAAGUGUAACUGCUCCAGUAGUUGGGAUGGCCAGAAGGCAUUUACUUGUGUCUGUGUGGGUUAUUCUGCUGUGGUUAAUAGGUUUCAGGGGGACAUGUGCCUGAACAAUGACUUACUUUGAAUUCACACUGAGUUAAUAUUUGAAUUCAGCAUUUUGGGCUCAUCAAAGGCAGAGCAAGGAGAGAUAAACCUAGAGUCACAUCCACUCUCCACAGUAUUUCUGUGAGCAAGUUCUGGUUCAGACAAGUAAGGGAAGCAUCAGUGCUUUGUCAAAAGAACUCAUGUGGUGUAUUUAUUGGACUGCUUACUGUAUAUGAAUGUAUAUAUGUCUGUGUAUAAUAUUUACAGAAGUUGCACACGAGAGUUCUGCCAGAAGGACUCUUGUUUUCAGACUGCCUUCCACAUGGCAGACUGCCUUUCAACGUGGGAGCUAUUUCUUCUUCAGUCUGGUGCCAACUGGUGGUCACUGAAGCACAUGAGAGGCACUCAAGCUGCUUGGAGGUCUGGUGCCAAUGCCAACCUCCUGGCAGUGCCCAAAUUGCAUAAAAUCUCCUAUUUGACCCAUCUCUGUGUGGCCUGGAACAUUCUCACUGUGAAGGAGGCUUAAGCUUGUGAGGAUCCAACAACUCUUAACUAAGCAAGGUUUUUUUUUUUCCCAGAUGCCAGUAUCUAGGCCAAAUUUGCAUGGGUUGUCUCAGCAACACCACAAAGGUUGGCUUACCUGUCAAAUGUCAAGGCUGAGUACAGAGGCACCAAAGCUUCUCAAAACAACAGAGCAAGACUUUUCCUGUGUGGCAUAACAUUACUCCAUGUAUUCCCUUUUAAAAAAAACCCCACAACUAAACAACAAAACAAACCCCCAAAUUGUUCCAGCAAAAUUUUCAGCACCAAAACUGCUCUGAGGCAAACACCCAGCACAGAAAGCUUUAAUGUCAGUGAGUAGUUGUUAUAUUUAUAAAAUACCUGAAAGCAGGUCAUGCAGUGAAAGGUGUGGGCUUGGCAUCCCAUCUGCAGCGUAUGUGUGUACAUGCAUGGAUACACGUGUAAUAUUGUGUGUAGGUAUGUACAUAGUGUAUCACUUGGGUUUAGUUCUACUACACCACAAGAACUCUAAUGUCAAAGUUUUGGUUUUGAUAAACUCAUUGGUUUUCACAGAGUUUGUAUUAUUCACAUUCAUUUGGUUGAAAUUCUAGCUUCUGCAGCAGAAUUAUUUAUGUCUGUUCUGUCAUAAGUCUUGUAAUGGUCUCCUGUCAAAUGUGUUUCAGUGCACCUUGUUGAAUCACCAUGUGAAAGCACCUCUGAGGUUAAAGGUAUUUAGAGAGGCAAGAGGGAAGAAGCUGUGAAUUUAAAUGCCACUGCAGUGCUGUACUUGUGCUCAGUAUACAGAAAAGUGCAGUGUCUUCCUCUUGUCUGGGGGGAAAUUUGAAAAAUUAUUUAUGUUUGUCUAUCCCACAUUUCCCACUCUUUCUAUGUGAAAAGGAAGAGUGUCAUUAAACAGACCUUUCUGUUUAAAGGAAGGGAAGGAAGCUGACUGCCCACACCUUCUGCUUUCUUCCUCCCCAUCUUUGUAAGGUUGAGUCUUUUGCCCAAAGGUUACAUGCUCAGAGCCCAAGAAUUUGGAGUGCAAGUAAGGCAACAACUCAAAAUCAGUCUCAGUUCUCAUAAAUACACCUGAAUUUUUAGGGAAGGGGUUAGGGUGUUGUUGUUUUUUGGGUUUUUUUUUUUUCCAUUUCCAGCUUUGGAGUCUGUUGCCACAAUAUGCAAGAGGCACAGAUCAGAGAGAUUUACAAGCGCAGGUCAUUCCAGGACUGAGGACAUGGUGGGGAAUCCUGGAGAAUUCUAAUGCUGAUGGGCUAGGCUGACUUUGGAAGCAGAUUAAGGGCAGCUUUCAUUACAGGCUUAGGCAGCCUGUGGUGAAGUGCAUUGGUCAAGAUGCUCCUAGGUCCUUGCAAAGUAAUGUACAGGAGUGGCUCAGAUUUCAUCCUUGCUGAGAACUCAAGCAAUGUAAUUAUGCUGUCCUGCACAAAGCAGGAUUUAGCUUUAUUAGUGACUGACCAAGGUCAUAGGCAGACUGUUGUCUUUGCACAGAGCAGACAGCUAUUCUUUAUUUUACAGGUAGAUCAGGCUCAGGUAUGUGACUGAGUUAAUAGUACAGGUGGGUGCAGGGACAUCUCCUGUGAUCACUGGACCCUGCUGUCUCUCUUGCCUUUCAAUAAGGUUCUGCUUGGCCUCUGUAAAAGAGCUGUGUUAUGCUGUAUGAGAAUUAACCUUACUGGUUUUCUGUUGCAGUUUUAGAAACUUUGUAUUAGUCUUGAAAACACACCAUUGAAGAGUUUGCAGUAGUUUCAUUGUAAUUAGGUAUCUUUUUAAUUUUAAAGUUACCUAAAGCUGUAUUAGUGAAACUAAAUCUUUGUGUCCACUACCCCUCAAACAAGCCUUCCACGGGGGAUUGCAUUUCACCAUGUGUAUUCUAAGACACCAGAGGGUGUGCAGCCCAAAUACCGUGUGCCUAUGGCAUCUGAAAAAUGUUGCCUCACAUUACUAAGAUAUAGGAAAAUAGUAAAUAUAGCCUGUUUCUUCUGUUUUCUGUGUCAGUCACUGUCAUAUAUGUACAUACAUAUAUUAAAUACUCUUUCAGGAUGUAUAUAUUCAUGUAACUUUUGCAUUAAGAUAAUCCAUUUGGACUUUAACAAAAA